UACGUCAUCAAAGUUGGCGGUAUUUUGAAAAGGGGGUAGCGUCUGUUGUUGUGGUCCGUGAAGCAGAGAAACAGUAUUAAACAUGGCUGAGGUGACAGCAGACGGCCGGACAGCAGCGCGGCUAUCGGAGGCCGCUCAGUCUGAGCUGCUGGACAUGUGUGAGGAGCAGUUUGCGCAGCUGGAAAAGCUUCAGAAUGAGAUUAUACUGUGUGAACCAGAUUUUUGUGAGAAUCCACAAGAACAGUCAGUAAAAAGACUGAUGGCAACAGAAGCUGAGCGGAACCAAUGGUUGACAGUGGAGCCACAAUUGCUGGCAGAAAAUUCUGAAAUUUUGCUUGAAGCUGGAAAAGAACAGAUGCACAAGCUGUGCUCUGAACUUGAGAUGGUUGCUUCCUGUUAUGAAGCCAAGAGAGACAAACUGAAAGAGACUAAGGAACUUGAACUAAAGUGGUUGGAGGAGAAGAAACAGGUGCUUGCAGCUGCCACUGGUCACGUUGAACGACUUCAAAUUGAAAAGGAGAAGUUAUCAGCACAUACUGUACUGCAGGAUGUCAAGGAAAAAAUACAGAAAAUGAUGGCCUACCAGGAAGAGCUGAUGAACUGCUUGGGGUACAUCCUGGAUAAGCACGUUCCUCUCCCGCAAGAUGAUUCCGGUUCAAGCAAGAAGAAGAAGAAUGUUGCACAUGAGAUACAUGAAAAGCUGAUUUCACUCAAUGACAUUCUAGAGAUUCUCAUGAACAAGGCUCUGAACACACCACAUGACCCCUAUGUGGCGAUAGAUGACACAUUCUGGCCGCCGUAUGUAGAGAUGCUGCUCCGUUAUGGAAUUGCAGUGAGGCACCAAGAGAAUAAUUUCAAGAUCCGCCUGGAAACUUUUUUCUAAAGCACUGAUGCAUUACUCAUCGCAAACGCUGUGUGUAAAUUGAGUCUGUCUGUGCAUGUUUGUGUAAGCUGGUAGGAAGACUUUGCAGGGGAAACAGUGAUGCUAGUGAGUUCCUAAAUGUCCUGUUUUUGCAUGUUUAACACUUGUAAGUACAUACUUUUUUAUGAUUGUCCAUUUAGGCAUUACAAAUAUUAAGUUAAGAUGUCUUGUUUUUAAAACUCUGGGGGCACUCAUCUUUCAGUUCCUUUUUAGGUAUUCAAAUGUAAUUCAAAUACAUUAAAAAUUUAUCCAAA